AUGGGUGUGCAAGGGGACCUCAACGCCCUCAAGAAACAGAGGGGAACUGCUAAAGGAAAGUUCACCAGGAAGAUAUUCAUGACAAAUAAUGAGAAGAAGGCAACAGACAAACCAAAGGUUAAGGUAAAGAGAUUUGAACCUCCCAAGUUUGAAGGUAAUUUAAGAGAGUAUCCUACAUUUAAAGAGGAUUAUAAGAACUUGGUUCAAAGUGAAUAUGGUGCUGAUCCAUACGCACUCAAAAUGUGUUUAGGUGGGGAGGCACUCCAGACAAUAAAGGGCUCGGAGGGUAAUUAUGAUGAAAUGUUUAAGCGGUUGGAUGACAAAUUUGGUAACCCAAGAAAAAUUGUAGACUUGGUGAUAAGUGAUCUCAAAUCUCUGAGGAAGAUAUCAGAUGGUGAUACUAAAGGGUUUGUUAAAAUGGUUGAUCAGGUUGAACAAUGUUUCUUGCAGAAAGAAAGGAAGGUUUUGGAAUACAUGAAUUCAAAUGUAAGAACUAGUACUAGUGAUAGUAGAGCAACAGUACAUCAUGUUGAAAAUGUGGUCGAAAACAAUUCGGAGUCAGAGUUGGUUAAGCUGAUAAGAAAAUUGAAUGAAGAACAACAGAGCAAGAAUAGAGAAUUUGAGUCAUGCAUUUUCAAGGGCUGUAAUAGCAAAGAAAGAUUUGACAUGAUUAAGAAGAACGGUAUAUGUUUUAGGUGUUUAAAUGGAUAUCAUUCAGCACGUGGGUGUAAAGUAGGCAAAUUGUGUGAUGUAGUCAUUGAAGGCCAAGGACCAUGUAAUCGGAAUCAUCAUCCACUUUUGCAUCAAGACAGAAUAGAAAGCAGUUCUCACAAUGCAAAUGGUAAAAUUUGGAAUGUGGAUGCUGUUGGGAUGAAUGAAAUAUCUUCCAAAGUUAAAAGGAUUGAUUUGUCCAGAUUACCUGAACUUUUUACAAGAAUCUCGAACUUAGAAGUGGAUCUCCCAUAUGGGGAAAUUGAUAUGCUCAUCGGCACAGAUUGUUGUGAAAUACUGCCAAGGGUUGUUGAACACAAUGAGGGUAUUCAGUUACUGGAAAAUCAAUUCGGGUUCAGCAUUCGAGGUAGACAUGACAAGAUUACCAAUGGAUCCAACAGCAGCAAUCAUAUAUUUGUAAGAACUCAUAAACUGUCUAGACUCGUAGAUUUGAAGCAGAUUAACAUAGAGUCAACAGAUAGCUUAAAGACUAAAUUGGACAAAUUCUUUGCCAUGGGGGAAAUGGGAACAAAAUGUAAGCCACAGUGUAUAAAGUGUAUGUGUCGAGGAUGUCCUGAACCUAAUUGCAUAAGUUUAAAGGAAGAAAGAGAACUAGCAUUGAUUGAGGAAGGAUUGUUAUAUAAUGAGGAACAAAAAUGCUGGCUAGUAAAGUAUCCAUGGCUAAGGGAUCCAAUGCAUUUGAAAGAUAAUAUUAAAGUAGCUAAUGCUAGAUUAAAAACAACAGAGAAUAGAUUGAAGAAACUUGGCAAUGAAUAUGCCAUGAAGUAUCAGAGAGAGAUAGAAGAUAUGAUUGAUAGAGGAGUGGCGAGGAAAUUAAAUAAGGAAGAGAUACAAGAAUACAAGGGUCCAGUUCAUUAUAUUCAUCAUCAUGAAGUAUUGAAACCAGAAUCCAACUCAACUCCAAUACGCAUUGUCUUCAACUCUUCUGCGUCAUACAUGGGGCAGAAAUUAAAUGAUUUCUGGGCAAAGGGGCCAGAUAUCCUGAACAGCUUACUGGGAGUUUAG